CUGAUGUAAAUAAGGAAAUAGCUAGUGCAACUGUACAAAACACUCGUAAUACCCGCACAACGGUAUCGAUUCACCUUUACAGAGGAAAAUGAGUACAUUUUAGAACACGGUACGACCCUGUAAUCACACCAGAAUUUAUUAUUUAGAGCUUUUCACGAUACUUCUGUGUUCCUCUCACUAAUGGAUGAUGGAGGAAAGACACAAAAAGAUUCUUCAGAGCAACCGGAGCAAUCUGGUGAGAGACUUGGAUCCAUCUAAACUCUAUGACGGCCUCCUUGAAAAGGGUGUUUUCACUCAAGACAUGAUCGAUGAGAUACAGAGCUCCGGGACCAGGCGAGACCAGGCCAGACAGCUAGUCCGGGACCUUGAAACCCGCGGGAGUCGGGCUUUCCCAUUAUUUCUCCAGUGCCUCACCGAGACUGGUCAGCACAGUCUGGCUGAGAUCCUACAGAUUGGAGCUCCAUCAGCUCAUCUGCAGCCUGUAGCCCCCAUUCAGGCUGUCCGCCCUGCUGUCCAGCCGCUGCCGCUUUCCCCUCCAAUGGAUGCUGAUAAGCAGAGCAAAUAUACUGUCCCUGUCUACCCAUUGCAGAAGCCCAGCACUACUCCCAGUCCAUCACCUGUGGAGAGCAUAAAACAGGUCAGAGUCAGACGGGAUAGUAUUCAAAGCUAUAAAAUGGAUGCCAGCCCAUGUGGUCAUUGCCUCAUUAUAAACAAUGUGGAGUUUGAACCUGAGUGUGAGCUGAGCAAUCGCAACGGGUCCAACAUAGACUGUGACAAGCUGGAGAGAAGAUUCAAGGCACUAAACUUUACUGUAGAAGUCAAGACAAACCUGAAACAAAGACAAAUCAAGCAUGCGCUGUCAGCUUUGUCUAAGAAGGAUCAUUCAGAAUGUGACUGUUGUGUGGUUAUCAUGCUGUCUCAUGGGACUGAGGUGAGUCACAACCGCUUUCCUGGUGCUGUUUAUGGUGUGGACGGACAGCAUGUCCCAGUUCAGCAAAUUACAAACUACCUCAAUGGCCAGCAUUGCCCUUCUUUACAAGGCAAACCUAAACUCUUCUUCAUCCAGGCCUGUGGAGGAGGUGAAAGAGACACAGGCUUUGAGGUGUCCCCUGAUGAGGCUCCGCCAUCCAUUAGAGGAGAAGACGACCAGACAGACGCCAUUCCAAUGUCGUCCAGCAGUGACUCUCUGAGCAUGUCCGAUGAACCGGAUGCCCGAGCCACUCUGCCGACCCCGAGUGACAUCCUGGUGUCCUACUCUACUUUUCCCGGCUACGUUUCCUGGAGAGACACCCAGUCGGGCUCCUGGUACGUGGAGACACUGGACCGUAUUCUCGAGGAAAACGCUCCCACCGAUGACCUGGUGACAAUGUUGAUGAUGGUUAACAAUGAAGUCUCUCAAAACUCUGCAAAAGGGCUCUACAAGCAAAUGCCUGGUUCCUUUAACUUCCUCCGCAAACUCCUCUACUUUCAAAGCCAGACAUAGAGGAAAAGUUCCACUCUCAGGAAAAGUUAGUCUGAUUUAUUGCCAAAAAAUAUGACUUUAAUAUCUUGGGAUUAUUUUUUAGCAGAAUUGCAAGAUGUAUGAAUUCCAACUGUGUUUUUACUGACCAUGUCUUAUUAUAGAUUGCUAUUUCUAGCAGUGUGUCACUGGGGUUUUCAUUGUCAUCAGCUUUUCUAAAUGACCUUUUUGGGGUAUUGGUGUCUUCUGGAAAGUAAAUAUUUACAUACUGUGAAAAUUUGUCCAGGUUAGUUUUUUAUUGGUACGUGCUGGCUGCAAGUUUAGAAAGACAUCUACUGCUGCUCACGAGCACAGUUAAGAAAUGAUGUUCAAUUUAUACAAUGCGUUGAUUUUUUAAAGCUAUGUACUUUUACGUCUGGUUUGUUUAACACAGCGAUCGUGUUCAGAAUUGUACAUUUUAACAACAGCAACUGGAGGUGAGGAAAAACUGCCCACUGACUAGAUCUGAGCCACAUGUUGGAGUUAAAAAAAAAAGUGGAGAAAAAUG